CAGACAGGAAGGGAGUAGAGAGAGAGAAUGGGGAUGACAUGCAGCAAAGGUGCACAGGCCAGAAUUCGAACCUGCGACCGCUGCAGGGGGACUGUAGCCUCAGUAGCUAUAUGAGCCGCUGCUUAACCCACUAUUUACCAACAGCAAAUGAAAUAAGCUCAGAUUGAAGCAGCAUCUGACAAUGAACUUGGAGUAAAUUUAAGACAAACUGAGUCGACAAGGAGAGAACCAAAAAAUGUUUCUGAGCAACAACCAACAUGUACACAAGAUAUCCAUGCAGUGCUGAGAGAGAUGAGCGGCGUGUUGGCUGGACUGAAGGUUGAGAUGAAAUACUUGCAGCAUGAUAAUGAAGAACAAGCAAAAAAGACCAGAGAAUUGGAGCAGCAGUACCAAGCUAAGGUGAAUCAACUGGAGUCACAAAAGACGGAGCUGAAGCAACAGUACCAAGAGCAGGCAGCUAAGCUAGCAGAGCAGGCAGCUAAGCUAGCAGAACAGGCAGCUGAACUGCUCACCAUUAAAUCCAGAGCAAACACAACAGAAAACCAUGUGAACGCUCUGACAAGAAAAGGAGAAGUGAAACCAGUGGCUUUUUCAGCGUUAUUGGUCGCUUCUGGCUCAGAAACUGUUGGACCAUUUAACGCACAAACGAACCUGAUCUUCAGAAGAGUUAUCACGAAUGUUGGAAAUGCCUAUAACUCAUACACAGGGUUUUUCACAGCCCCGGUGAGAGGAGCCUACCACUUUGAGUUCUACCUUCAUGGACAUGGACAUCCUUCACAUGCUACUGCUGCUUCUCUGGUCAAGAAUGGAGACCCUGUUGUUACUGCGCAUGAACAUCAGUCUUCAUUGUCGGUUAAUCCUGCUAAUGCUGUCACUUUAUUAUUAGAAGUAGGAGAUGUUGUGUUUGUGCGUCAGUGGCAAAACACAAGGAUUUUUGACAAUGGCAAUUUCCACACAACCUUCAGCGGUAAUCUACUUUUCAUCAUGUGAACAGUGAUAGUUUCUCAUUUUCCAUCUCACUCAGUGAAUGUCCUGUAGUUCUGUAUGUGAAAUCAGUAUAGUCACUUCAUAUUUUGACCCAAACACACAAUCCUACUAUCAGAAAAAAGUGUUUUUUUCACUUCCAUCAAUUUCUGCAUUUGCAUAACUGCACACUAUAAAAUACAGUGAUGAAAUGUUCUAACAAGAUGUUUCUAUGAUAUUGAUUUAGAGAAGUGGAGAAAUGUAUAGGAACAUGUUAGAAGUUACCAAGGCUUGUUGAUUGUUCUAUCUCACCAUGUUAGAUACUCUUCCUGUAUCCAGAUCAGCGUUAGAGCCCACUAACAUGCUCCCUGGACCAGUGUCCACUUACCUGUACCUGGUGUAGCUGAUACAAUCCUGUGGCCUGUGAGCUGUUACAUAUACACUGUAUGUGCUUGAUUUACAUCAAGAUGUGGUUUAAAUGUAGACUUUUAGAUUUUGUUUAGGGGAAAUUAAAGAGGGAAACUGACCACCUACGAUCAAUUAGGUUAUUUUUAAUCGACUGAUUUAAUAUGUUCAAAUGUCAACAUUGUUGUUUCAAAUUAAAGCUUUAAGUUUAUUUACUCUUCA